UUACUCCUAUUGGUAAAACCAGGGCCAUCAUCGAAGAAGCGCGGAACUCCUCGUCGCUCUCGUCGCUCGUUUUGUUGUUUGGCGGAGGUGCUGUACGCGUUCCGUGUGCUUUUUUCGCGGUCUAAUCGUUAUGGCGCGAGUACGCCGUAUGAAAUGAUAGGUGCGCAACGGAGUUCGCAGUGCGCCGGCCGAGCAUUCCCGCGAACCAGCUAACCGUGUGCGUUGGCACGCAAGAGCGGCGGUCAACCUCCCGAACACGGGAUACCAUUCCGCGUUUGACGGAUUCCUCCUAUUCGGCCGUCCAGCGAGUCGCAGGUGUAUCGCUGACAUUUCCUGACUACUCCAUGCUCCCGAUGAAUGCCAUGGCACAGAAAGUGGUACCAGGAUCAGAGUCUGGAUCGAUGAAGCCCUUGACGGGAAGCGGCCUGAGCUAUGUCACGCUGCAACCACCCAGUCAGCCGCUUAGUCUAGUGCAGGACCAUAGACCCUCGGUGUACCAGACUCCUCCUUAUAUAGGCAGCAAUAUGGAAAAGGAGCCGGAGACCGAGAAGCUGAUCCCAAACGGCGUGGAGAUCACAACGAAAACGGAGACCGAGCAAGAUGUGCCUGCUGUUGUGAAGCAAAGCGAAACCAACAGAAACAACAACUUGAGUCCUGAGAAUCCCGCUCCCGAGCAACCGUGCGAGAUGCAACCGGAACAGGAGCUGACAUCUCUAACUUUGGAUUUUCCUGCAUUAUGCACACCAGCACAAACUAAGGUCGAGGAGAAGAAGACCCCCGUGAAUAACGGGUCGAAGGAGUCGGAUGGCAAGGCCAUCAACACUUCGGUACAUAUAAAACAGUCUCCACAUAAACCGGAAGAUGCACCGACAAAGAAUGAAAUUCCAAAGGUGAAACCCACAAAUCAGAGUUCGAAAGUACCAAGCGAGAGCGUCGCCGCCGCAUUAACUACCACGUACAAGCCUGACGCAAAAAUCACUACCUCCCCGAAGACAACUAAGCGAAAAUCUAGAGAGCUGAAAGAUUUGAAGGCAGGAUCCAGUGGAAGCGCUGACGGGGCAAGUAAACCCAAGAGGAACCGCAUUCAAACACAGCCCUAUCAGAGCCCGUUGCCCGAGAGAGAGAUCGCUCUGUUGGUCAAAAGCUUCAAAACUCCGCCUUCUAAAACCGCUGACGAUAAGCUCAUCGUAUUCUACAAAAACGAAUUUUUAGCCGUACGGAAUGCAGAGGGAAGUUUUUACGUCUGCCAAGCGAUGCAGAACAUCUACAAAUCGAGCAGGCGUAUCCGCAUACGUUGGUUGUCUCAGGAUAAAACCAACGGUGAAUUCUACUCUCCAGAUUUCUACGACACUAUAGAGUUUGAUUGUAUAUUAACGAACCUGAACCUGAGCAAAGUCGACAAGCAUAAAUUCUGCUUAACCAGAAUAGAGCUGCUGCGCACGGAGAAUAUCCUGAAACGGGCUAUCGACGUCGAGGCUGGGGUGUCUGAGAAACCUCGAGUUACAGAGGAACAUCCGGAUGGAUUGGAUUUAUCGCUCUAUAAAGACGAGUCACAGCUGAAGAGAAGAAAAGGCCUGCACGAGAAGCAGAGUCAGCGCAAAAAGUCUAAGCGAGCGGCAAGUUCGACGGACGACGAAGCGGACGAGGAAGAAUCAGAGAAAAAGACGUCCAAGAUGAGCCGUGCGAAGAAACGAUCAGUCAAUAAGGCCUUGGCGAUUGCUAAAUCCGUCGCGAAAGGCACCAGCAGGGCGGAGAGGGCGCUAAACAGAAGCACAAAGUCCGGCAAUAGUUUAGGCAAUGACGUUGCCACUUCUGCCGCGACUACUGCCGCUGCAGCAACCAUUACCACCAACGCCACUGUUACAGCGGUUGCUACUACUACCGUUGCCGCUGCUACGGCCACCGCUGUCAAUCUCGCCACCAAUACCACGGCGGAUGCUAAAAACAAUGCGGAAACAAAGAAGUUGGAUCUGAAGAAGAACGGCAAGCAACCAAACAGCAAUAGCGUCCGCGGAUUUCCAAGAACGAAGUUAGGAGUUAUAUGAUUAACUUAAAGGUUCUGCUCAAGCCACGCAAGCCAGUAAAACGACGGGACGUCCCAAGCGCGUGGCCGCCACCACUGGCGUGGUUCUCUCGACCGAGGAGACACCUUCCCCAAGGAAGAAACCGCGCGGUCGUACAUAAAACUAACUUAACGUUGCUUUUUUACGCUAUAGUUACAGCCGAGUCUGUAUCGUAGGCAAUAUGUACGUGUGGUACACCUCUUUGAAAUUGCAAUCAAUUUAUUAUGUAUAUAUACGUAUAUACGGAUCUCAAGAUUUUUAAAUGUAUCAUGUGCUGCGAUAAUAUUAUAGUCCAACGAUACGGGAUCAACGACUUGUAUCUCAGAUUCGUCAAGUCGCAUUUGCAAAAAAAAAAAGAAAGAGAGAAAUAAUAAAAAGUAAAGAUAAGGAAAAGAAAGACUCAGAUUUACGUGAGUACUAUAUUGUGAUAUCAUACAAAAUUUGUACAUAUCGUCUACGUCUCAGACUCUUUCAGGAGAAGAAAGUCACGGAAAUGUGUGGGAACGGUACCUUGAGUUGAGUAAUAACUAAUCUACAGGGUGUCACAUACUAAUGCACUCUUGCAAUAGUCUAUUUUUGAUGUUGUGGUGAGUGAACCGUACGUGAUUCAGUUGAUUUUAAUGUACACUUUCCAUUGGAUAUGAUAUAUACUAUGUACAAAUAUACAUGUUUGGGAGGGAUGGGAGUUAUAUGUAUUCUGUAAAGCAGACAGAGAGAUAGAGUGAGUGAGUAAGAUACAGAGAAAUGAAAAAGAGGAAAAAAAAAGAUAGUAUCAACAGAGGAAACGAGAACGAUCCUGAGUGUUGCCAGUCCUUCGAGUUAAUCACCGAUCGAUCGGCAAAAGAUCUCGAAGUACAAUAUAUUACUGUACAUUACGCUGAAUUCUCUUGCUGUUAAAAAAGAAAAAAAAGUAACACGUAAAAUGGUCCAGCGCCUACAUAAAGACAGGCAGAGUAAAGAAGUGCCCUGAAUCGUCUCCUUGUCGAUCCAGUUGGAUCCGCAAGAGACUCGCGAGCGGAAAGUAGCACGUUGCUUGUAUGUUUGUUUCUUUGAAUUUGCACCUAUCGCGGCCCAUUAUUGUAAAAUCGCAGGGUCCGUAUUAAAUAAAUAAAAAGAGAAAGAGAGAGAAAGAAAGAGAGUGUGUGGUGCCACAUUACGAUGUAGCCAGAUAGAAGUAAUCAUUCUAGAAGAAGAAAAGGAGAUAUCGCUUAUUUAGAGCGAUCAAUCUUUCAUUCAAAUGUAUAAAUUUUCAUUUAUGUACUAUGUGUUAAUUUUAGUUUCCUUUUUUCGUCAAAGAUUGUAGAACGCGCGACGAAAAAGUGUAUAUUUAAUGACUAAGAUAGGCGACUAUGAUUUAUAUAUCUUUAAAAUUAAAUUCAUAUAUAUAUAUAGAUAUUUUAAUGUAGCUCAUAUAUUUUGUAUCUUGUCGGCGUACGUUUGUUACAAAGAAUUUUGCAAGCUUUCAGCUGCCAGCGAGUUGUCAGUCUUUCUUUUCGAGCUAUUAAAACGUGCAUCAUUUGAUUGUGUAAUUGUGUGGCGAAAAGUAUACAUAAUAUAUUUGUUUCUCUUUCGUCUAUGCUAAUGACAGUACACAUAGUAGAAGUAUGAGAAUAAUGCGAAACAGAUAGAUUAUUUAUAACGUUACGAGGGAUCGAUAGCGUCGAGCAUGAGUGAGGAAACGAACUCGUAUGUUGUCGAUGACGAGAAUAUUAAUGGGUUUUCUUUCUUUUUUGACUAAUUCCGCAUCGGGAUAUAUAUGUAAACGUAUUUUAUACGUUGGCCGUUAAGAUAUUGACGUUCUCUUGCUUGAUUUCGCCCGGACACAUGUACAUAUAAAGCGAUUAGAUAAUCAAAAUUGUGCAUAAGGGUGUGCAAGGAUUCCUCCUCUAUGGCGUUUCGAACGAAUUAUUAGGGCGACCACGUCGCUACUUGCUUAGCACAUGUUUGCACGAAUACGACGUUAUGUUGAUCAAGGAAAUAAUGCAGCUCUCGGACACUCAUCACUUCUUAUUUUUCGACAGUCAUGGGCGCUGUGUACAUUGAAUAUCGAGAGAGAACGUUGGAAUGCAAACGCGUGACUCCGCAAUGCC